AUGCCCGCAGGACGGGUUCAUAUCAUGGCGCCAGAAAUCACCGUGAUAGUCAGGCUUGCUCCCCCCUGGCCACCACAGGAGAGGAGCAGGAGGGAGGGGGGAGAGGGAGGCCUCCGACCAUCGACUGUCAGUGUGGUUUUCGCCGCCCUGCCCAUCAUCAAUCUAGGGGACCUCUUCAUGCGCUGGACGAACGAGCGCUGGCUGUCGACCCCGCACCGCGUCACGUGCCCCGCGCUCGACGACGCGGCACUCAACGUCCCUCGCAUCUCCAUGCCCUACUUCCAGAUACUGAACAGCGACGCCAGGGUCCAGUGCAUCGAGAGCUGCAUGCAGGAGGGCGAGGCUGCGAAGUACCCGCCCACCACGCAGGGCGAGGACCUCAUGGCGCACUUCAAGCGCUGGGGGCGCAACGCCGAGCCAGCGCCCGGCGCCGGCGACGCCUAG